GGUUAGUCCAAUAAGGUGUCAAUGACCCACAUUAGCUUCAGCACAGCACCGAUCUUCGUUACGCCAACGAAACCCCAACAACGCCGCAUCAAAUAAAAAAACUUUUCUUUUCUUUUCUCCUUCUCUUUCCCAUCUUUCGUCUAAGAAGGACGGCACAACUCACGAGAACUGCCUAGAUAUUAGGCCCCCGAGACGACUUAACAUAGGCUCUAGGUUCCCUCUAUCGCAUUCAAUAUGGACUCUGUGAGCGAUGCCCUCGCUUCGAUUCCGCAGAGCGUACAAUUGGCCUUUGCUGGUCUCGGAGCUCUGCUCGUGGCCUCUAAGAUUCUGAGCUUCCUGAAUUUAUUCCUGAACGUCUUCGUCCUGAGCGGCACCAACCUUAGAAAAUAUGGCAAGAAAGGCACUUGGGCUGUGGUUACGGGUGCCUCAGACGGCCUAGGAAAAGAAUUUGCUACUCAACUCGCCGCAAAGGGUUUCAACCUGGUCUUGGUAUCCCGAACCUUGUCCAAGCUAGAAGCGCUAUCUCAGGAGCUCGAAAAGAAGUUUGCCGGAUUGGAGACGAAAGUGCUCGAUAUGGAUUUCUCUGCUGACGACGACGCCGACUACGCUCGCCUUGCCAAGCUGAUCACCGGUCUCGAUAUCGGCAUCCUUAUCAACAACGUCGGCCAAAGCCACAGCAUCGCCGUCCCUUUCCUCCUCACCGAGCAGAAGGAGCUUGAAAACAUCGUCACCAUCAACUGCAUCGGUACCCUGAAGGUCACCCAGGCCGUCGCCCCUGGCAUGCAGGCCCGCAAGCGUGGCUUGAUUCUUACGAUGGGCAGCUUCGGCGGCUGGAUGCCGACCCCGUACCUAGCCACCUACUCCGGAAGCAAGGCAUUCCUGCAGCACUGGUCGUCCGCCCUCGCCGCGGAACUGAAGCCUAGCAACGUAGACGUCCAGCUCUGCCUCAGCUACCUUGUCACCACCGCCAUGAGCAAGGUCCGGCGCGCGAGCGUGAUGAUUCCCGGUCCCAAGCCGUUCGUACGGGCCGCCCUGGGCAAGGUGGGCCUCGGAGGUUGGCAGAGCAUGGCAUAUACGUACACGCCGUUUUGGAGUCACGCGCUGAUGGCGUGGGCCGUCGAGAACACUAUCGGCGUCGGCCACCGCCUUGGCAUCUGGGUUAACCUAAAAAUGGAGAUGGAUAUCCGGGACCGAGCUUUGAAGAAGGCAGCCCGAAACGCGAAGAAGGAGUGAGAUGUGACGGACGAGGCCGCUUUGGAAGUGAAGGAGAGCGGUCUAGGAUUUAAUGUGGGUACAACAUGAAAUAGGGCACUGUUAGAGUUAUGUAAAUACGUAGGCUUGAAUACGUGGAUGAUUACAAGAUAGCAACGUUGAUGUCAAGGAACAGAACUGGUUAUGGAGUUUGGCAUUCAUCUCAAGAUUACCUCGCUAAGCAUCUACCCAAUAAACAGUUUGGAAUCAAUGCAACUCAGUCAUAACUCUUGUAAAUUUGAGCAAUACUGGAUUAUUCACUGUCAUCUGGAUUUUUCUUCAUUGGCAGCUACUAGUAACCAGUAGCUA